AGAAAAAAGAGAAACAAAACGGGAAAAAGAGAAAGAAGUACUUGCGCUGUUUAAAAAAGAAGGUGAAGAUAUGUUGAAGAGUAUAAAACAGGCUAGGAAAGUCCUAAAGGAGGCAGAGAAAGAUAACAUGAGAAAAGAAAAGAUAUAUGCAGACCCCCCUCCCUAUCUGCCUUUAGGAAAAGAAUUCCCAUUACUCAAGGGAACCAUGGAGGUAACAGGAGAACUAGAGUUAGAAGGGCAGUUAGAGACGGAAGAUAGAGAGGAACCAGCUGUAAAAACACAGAAGCAAACUAGACAGGAGAAUGCAGAAGGUCUGCAACUCGACUGUUAUAGACAAGCACGUACAGCGUUAGAAAAAAUGAAAGCAUGUCAGGAAGACAAAACCUGGUUUGAGGAAGGAUUAGAAAGAAAACGGAGGAAAGAUAGAGAUAUUGUAGCACAAGCACAAGCUUUGGAAGAAGAAAUGGAAGAGAAAAUUAGAGAAUCAGGGAAAAAGAACAGAGAGGUAAAUAAAUUGGAAAGAGGAAAGAGUAAGUUGUUCUAUGGUAGUGAGGAUGAGAAUCAGGCAGAGGAGUUAUUUGAGAACGGUAAAUGGGAACAGGGCAGAGAUAAAGGGCCACUUAGACCACUGGCCGCACAGCUCCCAAUUUUAAUCAAGGGUGAGCAGGGACAGUAUGUCCCCUGGGCUUCGCAGGACCUCGAGGGGCUUGUCACUCGCCUUCCUGAUAUUCAUGAGGGUGCAGGGAAAUUCAUUAAAGUGUUUGAAGAGGAAACAAUGGGAAAGCUAUUGGCAGUGGGAGAUGUUAAAGCUCUGCUGGCUAAAAUUCUUGGAGGGACAAAGAUGGAUGAAAUUCUUCUUACCACGACUCUAAACAGAGCAGUGAACUCUCACAAUAUGGAUGGGAUUGUUUUUGAUGCAUUCCGCCCAGCAGUAUGGCAGGCAUUGCGUGCGGAGUAUCCGAUCAGACUGAAUCCUAAAUCACUGAAGGGAGAAGGAAUUGGAGAUUUAGAAAAUCCAACCACUUAUGUCCAAAAAGAGCUGAAAAGGUGGAAACAAGAAACUGAGGGGGAUCCCGAAAGAGACCCAUUAAUGUCAAGAGAAAGAGUUACAACGUAAACUAACUCAAUUACAGCUUGAAGAACUCACAAAGAAAAAUAAGAAAAAUAUUCAAGCUUCAGUGACAAAUGCAACAGCCGAACAAAUGACUCUAAUGCCUCCAGUAAUUGCUCCACAACCUACUACUCAGUCAAGCCUACUUACAGCAGUCCCUCCAAAUGAACACUUGAACUCUUUGCCCAUAA